CAACUACAGUUUUGACUGAUUUCAUGAUUGUGAUGUCUGCCAUUUUAUCAUUUUAAUUAUGUGAGACACUGUUUUGUUAUCUAAUCACAUUUUAUUUUCGUCUUUCAAACUCGUAACCUUGAAAGAGCUGUCGUCCUAGCCACUAUGCAACACCAACAGUACCGUGACUACAAGUAUCCGGGACCGACGUAUCCACCCAACUAUGGUGGCAGAAAUCAAGGCAAACCAAAUUUUUACGCGCCACAGCCAUUACUCAAACACAGCUCUUCUAUGGCACUUAGUUCAACUUUAGAUGGUGUAGAAAUGAAAAUAGCAGAUUCCUUGUCACAAAACAGGGUUUUGUUACCUGUGACUAUGCCUAAUAUUAUUAAUAGACCAGACCUGGAUAGUAAGUAUAAGUACGAUUUUUCACUGGAAUAUAAAGUGCUGGAGUUACUGGUGAAUGGUGACUAACUGAUAUCAUCGCAAGAUAACAAUCAGUAACAAUGUAUGAACCAUUGAACUCUGCUGAGAGCUCAUGUGCAAUAAUCACGCUGUUUGAAUCAUAAAUAUUGUUGUUGUUGCGUGAUCCAUGCAUGAUACUAGAGUGGAAGGGAAGGGAUUGUUUUGCAAAUAUACAAUGUAUGUUCAUUCAAGUUUCAAUGCUGAAUGGGUUAACUAAUGCCCCCCACCCCCAAUAAUUAUCUACUUUGUAUAAAGAGGUUCAUUAUAACGUGUCUAUUCCAUAAGGAUAUAAGAAAUGACAAUUAGGUACGCUGGACAAUUUUUUUGAGUCAAGCAUUUGAAAUAUGUUCCUAUUGAAUUUGCUCGGAUUAUAACAGGACAUCUAUGUAAGCUGUAAAACCAUAAUUCUCUGCUGAAAACCUGUCAUAUCUCUGCUGCAUUCUGUAAAUGCUUCAGAACAAUUUAUUUAAAGCCAAAAAAUAACAUGAAUGCUAGUAAAAUUGUCAAAUGUAUUUUUUUUUAUUUGGGAGUUAAUGAUCUUCACUUCUUAAUUGCUACAUGAAUUUAAACCAACUCACCAACAUCACCAACAUAUGCUGAGCAAGUUAUUUUGUGGGUUUGGCCUAACACACCUUCUCUGUUGAAGGAACUGAAUUUUAGCCUCUCCUGUAAUUAGUAUAAUUAUUGCAGCUAAUAUGCAUUGCAUUGUUUCCAUAAAGACAGUUUAGCUGCAACUAACUACAAUGAUAUACCGGUACAUCUGAGAAUCAUGUCUUUACUGGAAUAUUGAUCAUAUAGAUACAGAAUACAACUGCCAAGGUCAAAUGCCCUAUCCAUAGAUAGUUUGUUAACCUGCCUAGUCCUAUAAUUCUCAAUACCUAGAUAUGUUAGACACUGGAUCCCUUUGUAAGUUAUAUUUUACUCCACUUUUCUCACAGUGCCAGGUUGGCGUACUGUACAA